UUCCAUUGAACCUACAACAACAACUUCAUCAUUCUUCUAAUUUAUCUUCUAGAGAUCCAACAGAAAAUGAAAACCGAUUACUCCCCAGCAGCAAAGAUUACCGCCUCCACCACCCUUCCCACAACAAGUUCCUCUUGUUUUUACUACACCACCACCAUCACUUGUACCACCUACAACAGCAACACCUCGUGUUGCUUCUCCUCAAAUUCCACCACCAUCAGCCCUACUUCAACACCAACAACCUCCACAACCACAACAGCAAUAUGUUGCUCCAACACCAAUGCCAAGUCAAAAUGA